AUUAUCUCCCUUCACAAAAACUCUUCAAAACCUCCACAAAAUGUCAACAAGAUGACAAUUUUUAGUGUGUACAUUAUCAACAAAGCUGGUGGCUUAAUUUACCAGCACGACCACAAUAUAACGCGCCCAGAAGUCGAGAAAACAUUUAGCUAUCCACUAGAACUAGUACUUAAAGUGUUUGAUGAAAAAAUUGUGGUUGCAUUUGGAGAAAGAGAUGGCAUCAAAGGUGGGAUGGGACAUACCUUGCUGGCCAUCAAUGGAAUCCAGACUGAUGGUAAAUACUGGGAUGGCAGGGACAUCUUGGAACUGCUCUCCCAUGAAGAAAACUUUCCUAUAAACCUUAAGUUUGGCAGACCUAAGUUGACGACAAAUGAAAAAAUCAUGCUAGCAAGCAUGUUCCAUUCCUUGUUUGCCAUCGGUUCCCAGUUGUCACCAGAACUCCGUAGCUCUGGUAUCGAAAUGAUGGAAACAGAUACAUUCAAACUUCACUGUAUGCAGACGAUGACUGGUCUAAAGUUCAUAGUGAUAGGUGACCCCAAACAGGCAGCCGUGGAUAUUUUACUCAAGAAGAUAUAUGAGGUCUAUGCAGACUUUGCGCUGAAAAACCCAUUCUACUCCCUUGACAUGCCCAUAAGGUGUGAUUUAUUUGACAGUAAUUUACAAGCAGCAAUUGAACAAACAGAAAAGUUGGGAAUAAGUAAUGUGUGAGACUUUGUUAUUAGAGACGUGCUUAGAAGAAUUCUUUUGAACUGAAGUCAUGCGAUUAAAAUAUUCAGUGUUGCCAUGUGCCACCUGGGCUUGUGUCUGUUUUAUUGCAUAUGGGUAUACAUGAACGUAAUCAACUUUAAUUAUGAAUGCAUGGAAUUUAUUUAAACUUACUGAUGAUUAUUAAACAAUUAUGUUAAAACAGUACUAGUAAAAAAUCCAAUCAUAGCAGACCUGAAAUAAGCCUUUGUGUGGUAUAAAUUAUUUUAAUUUUAAAUUCUACUUUUUGAAGAUGCGUUUUUAAAUAUUAACAAAUAGUAAUUCUUAAAGAUCUUCAAUAAUUAGAAAUGCUUUGGGCAAUGUUUUUGUUUUUACAAUAAUUGAGAAUGUAUACAGGUGAAUUGUCAAGAAGUAAUUAUUGUACUACUAGAUGACUGUAUGGUAACCUUUCAAUAAAUCAUUGCGCACUGCUCUCAUGUUAGUUAUUUGUAUUGUCAGUAAAUUGGACCAAAUGUGUGCAAUAAUUGUAUCAUCAUUAAAAUAUAAAAUAAAAUGUUUUGUUCUUUGUA